AUGACGAGGACUUCGCAUCAUCCUCAUCCGACACCUUCGUUCCCUGUAUACUGUCUCGAUUGGGCAGAUGAUGAUACCUUGAUACUCGGAGGUGGUGGUGGAGCCAGUAGAAGCGGUAUACAGAAUAAGCUUAAAGUAUGCAAAGUAACGAAAGAUGGUAAAUCAGUCAAGUACCUGUCUGAACAUGUUUUAUCAAAUGAGGAAGAUGCUCCAAUGACUAUAUCGAUAGAUAGGACUGGCAAACAAUUGAUCACUGGUGUAAAUGCUUCUUCAUCAAAUGUCAAAGAAGGGAAGAAUGAACAUUGUAGAGUAUUUGGUUAUUCAGACGAAAGUGUCGAUUUCGUCAAAAGUCAAAAGACCAUAGACGCUGAAUGGUCGGAUGAUUAUCCAUAUCAAAAACUCACAUCACUAUCCCCUUCUUCGACGUUAUUAGCAAUCGGAACAACAGAUGAUAAGGUCACUCUGCUUCACUAUCCUUCACUCGAAGUAUGCAUUCCAACAUUCUUGACUGAUUCGGAACUUGUAGAUCUGGAUUGGGGUGGUGCCAACGGUGAUUGGCUUGGAAUUACAACUACCAAAGCAUUGUUCUUAUACCACGUGAAGAAUGGAGAGAAAGGAAAUACUAAGUUGGAGUUGAAACAAACUAUUUAUACACCAAGUUUGGAUAUAACUCCUGUAGCUUUCAGAUCUGCCAGAUUCUCACGAACUCCUUCAUCUCCGCUGACCAUUCAUGCUAUACUCAACGCUACUAAAUCAGCUAAAAGAGGUGCACCGAGAAAAGCUUUCGCGGUAACCUUUGGUGUCGUUUCACCACCUUCACAUGCACCGUUGACAGAAGAAGAGAUCAAAUCGCAAAACCAACCACCAGAAAAAGGUAAAGGCAAGGAGAAAGAAGGUUCUCAAACUGAAGAAAUUGGUAAAUGGGAUGUGAUUACCAGGAGAGAAGUCGGAGGUAAACCAGUGACUGUUUUUGAUGUCAGUAACGACGGGAAACUACUUGCAUAUGGUUGUUCCGAUCUCUCUAUAGGUAUACUAGAUUCAAAGACUUUGGCUCCCCUCCUGAAAAUCCUACAUGCACACUCAUUCCCACCUACUGCUCUUCGGUUCAAUCCCUCGGCCACAUUGCUCGUAUCUGCAAGUGCAGACAAUACGAUUAGAGCAAUUGUCGUUCCCGCAUCUUUCGGAGGAGUGUCAAUGACCGUUAUCGCUCUCUUAUUGGCUAUAUUGAUUUUGCUGGUCGCUUUGGUUUUGAGGCGAUAG